AUGAGUGAGAAAUCACAGAAACUAGCCAUUGGAAUAGAUCUUGGAACCACCUACUCGUGCGUUGCAGUAUGGAGACACAAUCAGGUGGAGAUCAUCAUCAAUGACCAAGGCAACAGAACAACGUCGUCUUAUGUUGCCUUCACUAAUGCUCAAAGAAUGGUCGGUGAUUCUGCCAAGAACCAAGCUGCACUUAAUCCUGCUAAUACUGUCUUUGAUGUGAAGAGGUUAAUAGGGAGGAGAUUCACUGACCCCCAUGUUCAGAGUGAUAUGAAGCUUUGGCCAUUUAAGAUCAUUGGUGGUGAGAAUGAUAAGCCCAAAAUAGUUGUAAAUUUUAAAUCUCAAGAGAGACACUUUGUACCGGAAGAAAUUACAUCUAUGCUGUUAGCAAAGAUGUGUGAUAUUGCUGAGGCAUAUCUUGGGUCAACAGUUAAAGAUGCAGUUGUUACUGUGCCAGCUUAUUUCAAUGACUCUCAACGCCAAGCAACUAAAGAUGCGGGCAAAAUUGCUGGUCUUACUGUUUUGCGAAUAAUAAAUGAACCCACUGCUGCAGCAAUUGCAUACGCUCUUCUUGACAAGAAAGAUAGCUCUGAUGAGGAGAGGAACAGUUUUAUCUUUGAUCUUGGUGGUGGUACCUUUGAUGUGUCUCUUUUAACAAUAAAAAGGGGUGACUUCAAAGUUAAAGCUGUUGAUGGCGACCCACACCUUGGAGGAGAGGACUUUGACAACCGAAUGGUGAAAUUCUUUGUAAAGGAGUUCAAGAGAAAGCAUCAUAAGGACAUUAGUGAGAGUCCAAAGGCCCUUAGGAGGUUGAGAACUGCGUGUGAGAGGGCAAAACGAAUACUCUCAUCCCCAUCCAUUGUUGAGACAACCAUUGACGUUGAUGCUUUAUAUGAGGGCAUUGACUUUUCUUCAACAAUAACUCGCGCUGUGUUUGAGGAAAUGAACAAAGACCUCUUCAAAACUUGUAUGGAAAUUGUAGAGAAGUGUCUUUUACAUGCUAAGAUGGACAAGAGCAGUAUUGAUGAGGUUGUACUCAUUGGUGGGUCUACAAGAAUUCCGAAAAUACAACAGCUGUUACAGAACUUCUUUAACGGAAAGGAUCUAUACAGGAGCAUCAACCCUGAUGAGGCUGUUGCUUAUGGUGCUGCUGUUCAAGCUGCUAUCUUAAGUGGGCAAGCAAGUGAACAUUUUCCAAAUUUUGUUGUGAGGGAUGUCACCCCAUUGUCUUUAGGGAUUCAGGUAGCAGGUGGUCUCAUGCAUGUGGUAAUUCCGAGGAACACUGAAAUUCCUACGACGAUGUCGAUUGAUAAGAGACUCACCACUAUGAUUGACAACCAAACAACAAUUCCUAUCAGAAUUUUUGAGGGUGAGAGAACAAUGGCCAAUGAUAACAACUUACUUGAUACGUUUUACAUUACCAUUCCCCCUGAACAAAAGCUUGUACCUAGGUUCAAUGUGUGCUUCUCAAUUGAUAAUAGUGGCAUCUUAAGCGUAUCUGCCGAGGAAACUAGAACAGGGAACAAGAACAAGGUAACAGUAACUAGUGAAAAAAGAAGACUAUCAAAGGAGGAAAUUGAAAGGAUGGUUCAAGAAGCUGAGCAAUUCAAGGCUGAUGAUGAGAGUUACAAGAAGAGAGUUGAAGCAAAGAAUAAUGCUUUGGAGAACUAUAUCAACAACGUCCAGACUGCUAUAAAUGAUGAUGAGGACGUCGGCUCAGGGCUUUCCCCAAAAGGCGAGGAGGUCAUUGAAAGGGCUUUACAUCGGGUCAAUGUUGAGCAGGUUGCUGAAGUUGAUGAGUCUAAGCAUGAGAUGAGAAAGCUCGAGAGCAUCUUUAAUUCCAUUAUGAUGAAAAUUAAAGGAGCUAAGGUUUGA